GUCCGAAAUUAGCAUCCUAACACUAUGGUUUAAUAUUGUUUAACUAUGUUGACUAGUUUAUAUUUAAUCUAUGUAUGUUGCCAAUUGACUUGAGUCUUCCUGAAAGGUUUUUGCGAACUUUUUUGCUCGCUUCACUGUGUUUCCAAGCUUCACACCCCUCGGCGCAGCUGACAGCCGGUCAAGUAUUACUUUACUACUCAAAUGCUAUCAUGAAUUACUCCCGGUUUUUGACCGCUGUGAGUGCUGCAAGGAAGCCGUCUCCUAUUCGCAUAUUAACUGAACUUCAGCAGCGUUCUCCCCCAACUCUGAUCUCACUGGCGGCGGGAUCCCCCAACCCCAACACCUUCCCCUUUCAGUCUGCCACCAUCAAAAUGAAGAAUGGUGCCAGCGUUGUGUUUGAUGAGACGACAAUGAAAAGAGCCCUCCAGUACUCUGGCUCUUGUGGGAUACCAGAACUCAUAUCUUGGAUGAAGGACCUUCAGAGGAAUCUCCACAGUCCCCCAACAGCCUCCUACAGCGUGGAGGCAGGGCAAAUGGAGAUGUGUGUGACCACAGGCAGUCAGGAAGGCCUGUGCAAGAUUUUUGAGAUGCUGGUUAAUCCUGGAGACAACGUCCUUCUAGACGCACCCACAUAUUCUGGGACUCUGGCGGCACUUCAGCCAUUAGGCUGCAAUAUCAUUAAUGUACUGAGUGAUCAGUACGGAAUGAUCCCGGGAGCCCUGAGGGACAUCCUGUCCAGGUGGGACCCAGCAGAUGCCAAAAAACCAGGCAGCACAGUUCCCAGAGUCCUCUACACCAUCCCCAAUGGGGGCAACCCUACCGGAGCAUCAAUGACCACUGAGCGUAAGAGGGAGGUCUACCAGCUUGCCAGAGAAUAUGACCUCCUUAUAAUUGAGGAUGAUCCCUACUACUUUCUGCAGUUUCAAAAGCCCUGGGCUCCUACAUUUCUGUCCAUGGAUGUGGAUGGGCGAAUCAUCCGGACAGACUCCUUCUCAAAGAUCCUGUCAUCUGGCCUUAGGAUUGGGUUUGUGACAGGGCCCAAGCCCCUUGUGGACAGAGUGGUCCUGCACAUCCAGGCUUCCACCAUGCACACCAGCACCUUCACACAGCUCAUCAUUUCCCAGCUGUUGCAUGGGUGGGGACAAGAGGGCUUUCUGAACCACAUCGAUGGUGUGGUGGAAUUUUACAGAAAUCAGCGAGAUGCGAUGCUCUCCUCUGCAGACAGAUGGCUCAAAGAUGUGGCAGAGUGGCACGCCCCAGCGGCAGGCAUGUUCCUCUGGAUCCGGCUGAAGGGCAUCGCGGACACCCAGCAGCUCAUCAUGGAGAAGGCUUUGGAGAAAGAGGUGCUGUUGGUCCCUGGAGGAGUAUUCAACAUUGACAGCUCAGUCCCCUGCCCGUAUGUACGAGCUGCCUUCUCAUUGUCCACUCCCCAGCAGAUUGAUGAGGCUUUCAAGAGAUUGGCUUCUCUGAUCAAGGAGGCGUUAUGAGGAAAACAUUACAUUACAUUACAUUACAUUACAACAACAUGAAGAGAAAUGAUGUUUCAUUGAAAGAAAUAUUUUUCUACAAAUGAAUGUUUACACUGGCAUUUGGUACCCUGACAAUCUGAAAAGUGGCAUUUUUAGUAAACAUUUUUCAUAAAUACUUUAAUACAGAACAGUAAUAUGCUAAUAUAUAAUAUAAUAAAUUUAAUAUAUAAGCGUAGGCUAUCUCUGAUAUUCCUGUGCCAAUACAUAACAUCUUGACAAAAUGAAGCUUCUUUUGCAAAUGACUAUGGAAGCGUUCUGUCAGUUUAGUCACAAGGAAAUGCAAGAGUUCUGUUUAUUUAAAUGGAAAUAGUGGCACACUAUCACAAGUAUUGUGUCUCUCUGCCAGGACUACUUUGCUGGUAUAUUGGUAAUGUUUAUCUUUUGUGAUGGACAUUACAUGUGAGAAUUGGGUGGCACUUUUGGAAAUUUUGGUAAAUAAGCAACACGGGUCUAUAACCUGUAUGCAGAUGUUCACAAGCUCCCAGCAUGCAAUACUUUUGAGAAAUGAAAGGGGGCAAGACUGGUGUAUCUUGCUGAGGACUUCUA